AUGGCCCACGGUGCAUCCGCGGAGCUGGGUCUGGGGGGAUCGGGAGGGGCGGGGCUUGCGGGGAUGGCGAGGAGAUUGGCGGAACUUCUGAGCGCGAGGGCGGAGGGUAGCUUUUGCGCGGAUGCUGCUGGAAUGGCCACUGCUGCUGCCGCUGCUGCUUCUGUUGGUGCUGGCGCUGCUGACGAAGCUUUAUCGCCACGUGGACUUGAUCUCCGCUCAUUGGUUGGGAGAUACAUGAGCCACGUGCAUGCUGACGUGGACCUUGAACGCCAGCCUGACGUGGAGGCGGCGGAAGGCAUGGGGGAGGUGGGAGAGGGCGGCGGAGACGAGAUGGCGGGCGGCGGGGAAGGGGACGACGGAGGAGCAUCGGAGGGCGGCAGUGGGGGCGGCAACAGCAACGGCAACGCGGACGGCGAUGGGGGUGACGGCAACAAGAGGAAAAUGCGGCUAUCGCAGGAUCAAAUCUCUAUGCUGGAGCAAGUCUUUCAGAAGCACCCGAAGCUGGUGGCUCGGCAGAAGGCGAGCCUGGCGGAGAGGCUCGGCGUGCGGAUGCGGCAGGUGGAGGUGUGGUUUCAGAACCGGCGGGCGCGCACCAAGGUGAAGCAGACAGAGGCGGCGCUUGAGGGGCUGAGGCAGCGCUGCCAGCAGCUGGCUGAGGAGAAUAAACGGCUCAAGCUGCAGCUGGCUGAGAGGGAGAGGGGGGAGCGGGGGGAGAGGGCAGAGAAGGGGGAAAGGGAGAUGGAAAAGGGGGGGAAGAGGGGGAGAGGAGGAGGAGAUGAUGGGGGUGCAAUGAAGAGGGUGAAGGUCGAGGGUGCGAUUGAGUGGGAGGUGUGUGGUUCGUGUAAGAGGAAUGAGAAGCAAGGAGGGGAACAAGGGGCGAAGCAAGGGGAGGAGAUGGCGGUGCAACAAGCAGUUGCAUCCAAUGAGGAUGAUUCUUCCGCCGAGCGACAAAUGAGGAUGUUUUUGUGA